AUGGCUUGGCUCCUUGAGCAAGGAAACGUGCCAGAAGUCAUUCCAAAUGGCUCUAUGGUUAUGUCGAUCAAGCUACCAAGCUUGAAAAUAAGAGUAAUCGACUCAUUAAAUUUCUUUCCGAUGGCCUUAUCGAAGCUUCCAGGAUGCUUUGGGUUGAAGGAACUGAAGAAAGGAUACUUUCCUCACUACUUCAACACACAAAGCAACCAAGACUACGAAGGAACACUUCCGGAAUUGAAAUAUUAUGGUCCAGACUCUAUGAGUCCAUCAGCUCGGAGCGAUUUCAUAAAGUGGUAUGAAGAGCAUAAAAAUGACUCGUUUAUCUUCCAAGAAGAAAUGCUCGCAUAUUGCAGAUCUGAUGUAGAUAUUCUACGGCAGUGCUGCAUUGAAUUUCGCUCACAGUUUAUGGCAAUCUCAAAAGUUGACCCUUUCAUGUAUGUGACAAUUGCCUCUGCCUGUAUGGCUGUGUUCAGAAGUUUGCACAUCCGCCCCGAUACUCUUGCCAUGGUACCCGUGUCUGGAUACGUCAACAACACCAAAUACUCGGCCGAUUCCAUCCGAUGGCUUGACUUCGUUGCCUCCACUGAAGGUGUUACCAUCGAACAUGCAUUGAGUGGCACCGGAGAGAAGAAAAUAGCUGGGUUGUCCGUUGACGGGUUUUGUCAAGAAACAAAUACCGUCUACCAAUUUCAAGGUUGUUUCUACCACGGUUGCCCGACGUGUUUCGAUGGAGACUCCGUGCACCCCCUUAAGGGUGUCACGAUGUCAACUCUCCGUGAGGAAUCUGACAAAAAGACGAAUAGACUUCGUAUGAAGGGGUUCAGAGUAGUCGAAAUUUGGGAGCAUGAUUUUAGGAAGCAAAAGAAGGAAGACCCUCGCCUUCAAGACUUUUUGAAAACACAUACCGCUCAGGACCGGUUGCACCCAAGAGACGCCUUCUUUGGAGGAAGAACGAAUGCUCUGAAUCUCUUCUAUGAGGGUACUGCGAAGUAUAUCGACUUUACGUCACUGUACCCAUGGGUCAACAAGUACUGUCCUUAUCCUGUCGGGCACCCUACGAUAAUUACGGAGGGAUUCGACGACAUCGAUCAAUAUUUUGGAAUCGUGAAGUGCCGAGUAGUACCUCCUCGUGGGCUGUAUUUGACGGUGCUACCUUGCCGAAUCCAAGACAAAUUGAUGUUCCCUCUUUGUCGUACGUGUGCCGAGAAUACGCAGCAGGACCCGUGUGCACAUUGUGAUGAUGACAGGGCAUUAACUGGUACAUGGAUGUACGAAGUUUACCAUUUCCCCAUUUCAUCCAAUGUGCUGUUUCGCGAUUACAUCGACCUGUUCCUCAAAAUAAAACAGGAGAGUAGCGGCUGGCCUCGUGAAUGCAGCACAGAAGAUGAAAAGAGGGAGUACAUAGUCCGUUACGAAGCCAAAGAAGGCAUAUUGCUGGACAGCAACGCCAUUUCAAAAAACCCAGGAAGAAGACAAGUUGCCAAACUGGCUCUUAACAGUUUUUGGGGACGAUUUGGCAUGAACACAAACAAAAACAGUUUGGUGUUUGUUAAUAGCAUCCCUACCUUCAACAAAUAUAUGGCCGAUUCAACAAAAGUUGUAAGUUUUUACCCAAAAGAGAUAGAGAAGCUUUGA